AUGGGGAAAACAGGAGAGGGUCAGAGGGAGAGAGGGAGAGAAGGGGAGAAGGGGAGAAGAGGGGAGGGGGAGAAGGGGGAGGGGGAGAAGAGGGGAGGGGGAGAAGGGGGAGGGGGAGAAGGGUGUAGGGGGAGAAGAGGGGAGGGGGAGAAGGGGGGAGGGGCGAAGGGGGAGAUGGGGAGGGAGCAGGGAAAAGGUGAAGAGGGGGAAAGGGGUGAAGAAGUUGGGUACGAGCACAGGGAGUGGGGAAUAGCCAGGAGCCCAGUAGAAGGACUCAGGAAGGGACAGGGAGGGACAAGGAGGGACAAGGAGGGACAAGGAGGGACAGGGAGGGACAAGGAGGGACAGGGAGGGACAGGGAGGGACGGGGAGGGACAGGGAGGGACGGGGAGGGACCCACAUGGGGUGACUAGCCCUUCCCUUGUGCAGCCCUUCCCUUCCCUUCGCCCUCCUGGUGAAGGGAGAAUGACGGGGAUUCAGGAAGGGAGAAUGACGGGGAUUCAGGAAGGGAGAAUGACGGGGAUUCAUGAAGGGAGAAUGACAGGAAGGGAGAAUGAUGGGGAUUUAGAAAGGGAUAAUGAACCCCACCAACGGAGGCCUUACCAGCAGCAGCCACACCACCCCACUGCUGUGCUACAGCCGCGCAUCCAGAGCACUCCACCCCACCCCACCAAGCAUGCUGCAGCUGCGCGUCCAGCCGCGCCAGCAGUCUGUGGCGAGCCUGUGCUGCUGCUGCACGCUGCCGUGUGGUGGGCUGCAGGCGGAGAGGAGGGGACGGGAGAGGGGUCGAUGUGGGGAGGCAAUGCAUGCGUGAUGGUGGAUUGGGGAAAGAGGUGA